AUGUCGGUGCUGGAGGAGGGCCGGCCCUUUGCCCAGCAGCUGUCCAACGUCUACUUCACGAUCCUGUCCCUCUUCUGCUUCAAGCUUUUCGUGAAGAUCAGCCUGGCCAUCCUCAGCCACUUCUACAUCGUCAAAGGCAACCGCAAGGAGGCGGCCCGCAUUGCAGCAGAGUUCUACGGCGCCGCCCCGGGCCCAGGUUCCUGGGCAGACCGCUCACCUCUCCACGAAGCAGCGAGCCAAGGCCGCCUCCUGGCUCUGCAGACCCUCCUCUCCCAGGGUUAUAACGUAAACGCCGUCACCAUAGACCAUGUCACCCCACUGCACGAAGCCUGCCUCGGCGACCACGUGGCCUGUGCCCGGACUCUUCUGGAAGCUGGAGCUAAUGUCAACGCGAUCACCAUAGAUGGCGUGACGCCGUUGUUCAACGCCUGCUCGCAGGGCAGCCCGAGCUGCACGGAGCUGCUGCUGGAGUACGGAGCCAAGCCGCAGCUGGAGUCCUGCCUGCCCUCCCCGACCCACGAGGCCGCCAGCAAAGGCCACCACGAAUGUCUGCAGAUCCUCAUCUCCUGGGGCAUAGAUGUUGACCAAGACAUUCCUCAUCUGGGAACGCCGCUAUAUGUAGCUUGCAUGUCACAGCAAUUCCACUGCAUCCGGAAGCUUCUUUACGCUGGCGCUGACAUACAGAAAGGCAAAUACUGGGACACGCCGCUCCACGCUGCCGCCCAGCUGUCCAACACGGAGAUUGUCCACCUGCUGCUGGAGUUCGGGGCGGACAUCAACGCCAAGAACACGGAGCUGCUGCGGCCAGUGGACGUGGCCACGUCGAGCAGCCUGGUGGAGAGAAUGCUGCUGCAGCACGAAGCCACGCCCAGCUCCCUCUGCCAGCUGUGCCGCCUCUGCAUCCGACGCCGCAUCGGACGGCCGCGCCUGCAGCUCAUCCCGCAGCUCCAGCUGCCCACGCUGCUGCAGAACUUCCUCCAGUACCGAUAG